GUGAAAAUCGGUGUUUAGGAAGGCCCUCGACGGCUUGGUUUCCCAGGGCGCUGCUGGGCGGCCACCACCACCGAGGGGCUCGUCGUCUACUCCCUGGACGCCCAGAUGCUGUUUGACCCAUUUGAGUUGGACACCGGCGUCACCCCCGUGCGGAUUCGGGCGGCCCUGCGCCAGCAGGACUACACCAGGGCCAUCCUCCUGGCCUUCCGGCUCAACGAGAGGAAGCUGCUGCAGGAGGUGCUGGAGUCGGUGCCCUGGGACGAGGUCGAAGUUGUCAGCUCCUCGCUUCCUGAGUUGUACGUGGAGAAAGUGCUGGAGUUCUUAGCUUCAUCCUUUGAAGUGUCUCGCCACCUGGAAUUCUACCUCAUAUGGACUCAGAAAUUGCUUCUGGUGCACGGGCAGAAGCUGAAGUCCAGAGUGGGGAAGGUGCUGCCAGCCGUUCAGUUCCUUCAGAAGAGCAUCCAGCGGCACUUGGAUGACGUCUCCAAGCUGUGUGACUGGAACCGCUAUAACAUCCAGUACGCUCUGGCUGUGUCCAAGCAGCGGGGCCUGAAACGCCCCUCAGAACCGCUGGGAAGCGACGAGGAAGCGGACGCGUCCGAUGACGACACUCUGCACCUGCUCAGCACAGGACAGGGGGACGGGGAUGGGCAGCUGAUGUAGGGCCGGCCACGUUCCCUUGUUUCGGUUAAGACCCCCGAAGAGACGGAGCCCCGUGGCCUGGGCCCGGGAAGCGAGUGGGAGGGUGGUGCAGAGACAGCGACUUCCUGUAGGCGCCAAACACGGCUGCAGCGCCGGGGCCGGUCGCCCGCUCCCGGGCCAGCACCGGCUUGGCACUCGGCCCGGGGCCCACGUGGUGUGGGCCGAAUGAACGCUGCUCGUCUACUGUUGGAAACGCUUCUCUGGAGAGGUGAAUGGGGUCGUUUUUAUAGACUGGAACUUUGUGUGACCGAUAUUUAUAUUUCUAAUACAGUUUUGAUGAUAGACUUAGAGAUGAAAAAAUGAGGUUUUCUACGAUAAAAGUAUGGAUUAAAUCUGAACUCUGAAUUGAAA